CCUUCAUAUGAAUAUAGACCUACAUCUUGUUUUGUGAAUAUAUCUGCAAGUGAAUAUUAGAUGUGCUUGCUUGAGUUUACUAUUUAAUCAACCAAAUCUCCCAUCCGACAUCUUUAUCCUUUACUCUUCAAACACAGCCAUGGCAGCUCAAGUCAGCCUACUCGCAUAUCUCCAACAAGGCCCCCCAACUCUGUCUGUAAUUAGCCAGGGACAAACACAUGACAAUACAACGAGUUCGAAAUACGGGGCACGCGAUAUCGGUGAAACUUAUACUUGGAAUAGCUUCAACAUUGGGACAAUCAUGUCACAAUACGGUCAUCAUCUAAGAAACACGUCUAUCCAUCUUGAGACGAUACCAAACUCUCCUCCACAGCCUAUAAAUGCGGAAGCUGGGCUCAGAUCACGAUUCGAUACUUAUCUCAUUAGACAUAUUAGAAGAGCAAUGCAGAGAAGCUUUCAGGAAUUCCAAGCAUCCGAUCAACUUGGUCAACGCACAGCGCUUGACUUCGGCGAAGGAAAUUUGGCCUGCUUGAAGCACGGUUAUACGCCUGAUACCGCUUAUUUCGAUCCACUUCUUGUGGCACAGACUCGUCCGAAUCGGGCUCCCGGUGAUUUCAAACCAUCGUACAAAUGGUCAAGAGACUUUGAAAACAGUCCAAAUCCAGCUACCGAAAGACAGUUCAAACAAGCGCUGUCUCAAGUCAACUUCUAUAUGCGCCAAAACAAUACUCGGUACGGGUUUCUAUUGACAAAUCGGGAGCUUGUUGCCAUCCAGAAGCCCGACAACACUGGACGACUGUUGCUCUCUCCACAAAUUCCAUGGGAGGCUCAGGGAAAUCCAGCCCAGCCACAAAUGACUGUCAUACUCGCGUUGUGGUACUUGGGGAUGCUGGCCUCUGAUCCCCAAGGAUCUUAUCUUGCUGGGGGACUACCCGCGUAGCGCUUCGCGUAUUGGAAACCAAGUCGAUAUAACCUCCCGGACAAUUAUUUUUACGAAUCGGAGAGCAGGUUGAUAAUCUAGUCGGUCGGGAAUUGCGUGUUUCAACAGAUGGAUGAUAGGGUCGGGGUUCAAGUUUGAUCAAAACUAAAUGAGAUAAUUGAAAGGACUUCGUUUGGACAUCCACCUCUAG